GGCGGGGCGGCUGCGGGAAGGAAACCGGAGCGGCUGCGCGGCGGGCCUUGCCGGAAGGGAGGUGGCGGUCAGCGCCGGCGGCUGAGGCGAGGCGGGGGUCGCGCCGCGGACCGGGGCAGCAGCAAAAAUGCUGCCAACCACCUCAGUUAAUUCUCGGAGCCAGGGCAAUGGCGCGCUGAGCCCCAGAGAUGCUGCGAGGCACACAGCCGGAGCAAAACGCUACAAGUACCUGCGGAGGCUCUUCCACUUCCGACAGAUGGACUUUGAGUUUGCUCUUUGGCAGAUGCUUUACCUGUUUACUUCGCCACAGAGGGUUUAUAGGAACUUUCACUACAGAAAACAGACAAAGGACCAAUGGGCAAGAGAUGAUCCUGCUUUCUUAGUACUUCUCAGUAUCUGGCUCUGUGUGUCUACUGUAGGAUUUGGAUUUGUGCUGGACAUGGGGUUUUUUGAAACAAUAAAGCUGCUGCUUUGGGUUGUCUUCAUAGACUGCGUAGGCGUUGGCCUCCUGAUUGCAACUCUAAUGUGGUUCAUUUCUAAUAAGUACUUGGUGAAGCAGCAGAACAGGGACUAUGAUGUGGAGUGGGGCUACGCCUUUGAUGUUCAUCUGAAUGCCUUCUAUCCGCUUCUGGUCAUCUUGCAUUUUAUCCAGCUGUUUUUCAUCAACUAUGUCAUCAUAUCUGAUUCUGUCAUUGGGUAUUUUGUUGGGAAUACAUUAUGGCUGAUUGCGAUCGGCUAUUACAUCUACGUGACAUUCCUCGGAUACAGUGCAUUGCCGUUUUUGAAGAACACAGCUAUUCUUUUGUAUCCAUUUGCACUCCUCACCAUGCUCUAUUUGAUCUCAUUAGCAUGUGGAUGGAACUUUACCAAGAUGCUUUGUUCCUUUUAUAAAUACAGAGUGAAAUAAAACCAGGACUUCGUGUAUCUACUGUUUAUUUUGUUUCUAUCUUAGCUGUCUUGACAGUAAAGAAAAAAGUGAAGAACAUUUUGUAAAUGGUUGUAAAUUUAUCUUUAUUGUAGAUAACUGUAAAAAAGUUUGAAGUGUCCUUUUUUAUUAAAAUAUUUACAACAGUAAA